GAGAUAGUUUUGAAAGCUCAAGGAGUGGGACAUAUUCCUAGGAUUGCAACCAGUGUAUCAAUAAUUAAUUGUGAUCGAGUAAUGGUAAUGCCGAUGGCGUUUGACGAAGCAAAGUCGCUGUACACAGUCGAAAUUGGAUCUGUGCGCCAACUGGAAGUAUCUGAACGAGCAUUCAGCUGGUCCGAGAUGGUCGUUCCUAGUACUCAACAUCAUCAUCAACAAGGCUUAUCAGUGACCGUUAUUAACACGACUGUGUUGGAAUUACCGAGUUACGCUUUUCGCGGUCGUUUGCGGUCAAUUGCAUUCAUGCGUGGCCGUAUUAACAUUAUAAAGCCGUUCGCUUUCAGCAGCUUACACGGUACAACUGCGCGAAUCGAGUUCCGAGACACUGUUUUCGGUUUAGUAGAGCAACAGUCGUUUAAAAAAUUUACCGUCAAAGAUUUUGUGUUAAAGUCUUCCAGUUUUGAAGAAGCCGUACCCAGUCGCAUGCUCACUGAAAUAACGGUAACAGACGAACUACGCGUAGAAGGCGUAGAUUUCGGUCUAAUAAGAAGCUAUGCGUUUAAAGUGCACGGGCCUAAAAUGUUCCGGGUGCAGGAAUGUCGAGCUUCUUGCGUGCAAAGCACAGCUUUUGAAGUGACUUGCCGAGGUCCAGCAUUUAUAGAAGACAAUUGGUUUGAGAGAAUUGAACGAGGUGCAUUUGUUGCUGUUACACUAGAUUCGCAUAAAAUUGCAGAAGAGGACUACCAAGAAUUCGUUUUCGAGAAUAACACCGUGGUGGACUUUGAGGACGACGCGCUUGUAAUAGACACUGCAGGGUUUAAGCCACGACUUGAUUGGCUUACUGUGGGAAAAAUAUGUGACUGCUCGACCAGAUGGCGAGAUAAUAUGGUAGCGUUUUCAAGGCAUUACCCGCAAGAUACCACCCGACCCGGAAACUUAGUCGAGCAAGUAUCAUGGUGCUGGUUGGUCGAGGAUGGACAACGUAGGUUGAUCAAAGCUAAACAACACGGAGAAGCUAAUUGCGUAGGCGGAAUAGCAGAUGCUCGAAGUAGCGGUAUGGGUGCAAUGCAUAUGACAGGUAUAGCUGUGUUAGCCGUAAUAGCUCUUACAGCUACCUUGGUAUGUUGGACGUGGUAUAAACGACGGCAACGAAGUCAGUGGACCAACGUGCCUGGAUCAUCACCGAUAAAAACACGCUCGAUAUUAAAAAAUAGGUCUAGACAAGACAGAAGUAAUACACGCCAUCAUAUGAUGGUUAUGCCCGAGGGAAAGACUUACCGCGAAACAGAACUACACGUGAUUGUAGAA